AUGUCGGGCAACGGCGGCAGCGGGGACUUCAUCGACGAGAUCAUCGCCGCCUUCAUCGAGAGCGACUCGGAGGGCACGGAUGGCCAGCAAAGGCUCGCACCGUCUGCGUUCUUGUCAGCCGCUGCGUCGUCGGCUGCGGCGUCGUCGGCCCUCUGGCCCAUGGUGGCCGCGCACGCCACUGCGACAAUCGCCGGGACGACAGACGCUGCUCCGAUAGCCCAAGCAGUGCAGGAGACCGGCAUGAUGGACGCGUCGAUGACGGAGGUGGCCCAACACCCCGGCUGCCACGCCAGCCCCGCGCCGAUGGUGAUUGAUAAUGGGCCAGUGGAGGCCAGCAGGAACGCAAGCAGCUGCGUGAGCAGUGCGAGUAGCAGCGGGAUCGGUGCGGGAGUCGGCGGCGGGGGGGAGGGCGGCGACGGCGGUGGUGGCGGUGGCGGCGGUGGUAGUUGCAGUGACAGCGCCGCCGGCGGGGCCGCAGACGAUAUCAUCCCGUUCGAGUGGAUCCGUUGCCGCUGCCCGCUGCGAGCCAUGAUUGUGCCCGUGACGUGCCUGCUUCUCGUCUCCGCUUCCGCCGCCACCGCCACCACCGCCACCACUGCUGCCACCGCCGCCGCGCUCGGCGGCGUGGCUCCUCUCCCCGCUGCCGCCGCCGCGCUCGGCGGUGUGCCUCGUGUGACGAUCGCACCCGGCGUGGAGAUGCCAACGCUGAACUUUGGCUUCGAGUGGAAUCACCGCGCCGCACUCAAGCUCGGCGUCCGCGGCCUCGACACGGCCCUCACGUACACCGACCGGCAGCAGGCCGAGGUUGGCGCGGCGGUGCGUGAGAGCGGCAUUCCUCGCGAAGAGAUCUUUGUCACGUCAAAGAUCCCGUGCUGCCCGUCCGAGUUCACCAAGUCGCUCUGUUUGCUCGCCAAGCGCAACGCGACCGAAAACGCGCUGCACGAUCUAAAGGUGCUCGGGCUGAGCUAUGUCGACCUGCUUUUGGUGCACUGGCCGUGCUCCAGCUUCGACGAGACCGUGAAGGCGUACCGCGCGCUCGAGCCGCUAGUGAAGAGCGGCAAGGCGCGGGCCAUCGGCAUCUCGAACUUCAACAGCAGCGCCGUCGAGGCGCUCCUCCCUCGCGUCAAGGUGAAGCCGGCCGUCAACCAGUGCGGCUACAGCAUCGGCGGCCACUCCGAGGCGACGCAGCUUUGGGGCCGCGACGACGCGACCCGACAGACGUGCCGCAAGCACGCCGUCCACGACUCCGCCUACCCGGUGGCACUGCGCUGGGUGCUGCAGCGCGACGUGGUCGCCGUCACAUCGUCGGACAAGCUCUCGCACAUCUCGUCCGACUUGGCCGCGCUGGAGUUUGCGCUGACGGACGAGGAGAUGGAGCAGCUGGGCAAGGUAAGGUAA